AUGGGUGGCUCGGUCGGCGCGAUUGGCAGUUCGGGACGUCGCGCGGAUUGGCGCGCUCUGCCCACGGAUCACGCCCUCAUUUCCGGCAUUCUACAAGCAUUCGGCGGGAGCGUGCAUGACCGCAUGGAUGAUAUGCUUGAUUCCGCGCGAGGUGAACACGUUUUGAACGACUGCUACAACAACAACAUACGCAACCUGGCCAUCAUAGCCCACGUCGACCACGGCAAAACCACCCUGGUCGACGCGCUGCUGAAGCAGGGCCAGGUUUUUCAGGCCCACCAACAGGUGGGUGAACUGAUCAUGGACACCAACCCGCUGGAGCGCGAACGGGGCAUCACCAUCCUGGCCAAGAACGCGUCGGUCUCCUAUCGCGGUGUCAAGAUCAACAUCAUCGAUACGCCAGGCCAUGCGGACUUCAGCGGCGAGGUGGAGCGGGUGAUGAACAUGGCCGACGGCUGCCUGCUGCUGGUCGACGCCGUUGACGGCCCCAUGCCCCAGACCACCUACGUCCUCCGCCAGGCGCUGCAGCAGAACGUUGCGCCCAUGGUGGUCAUCAACAAGAUCGACCGCCCGGAGGCGCGCGCCGAAGAGGUGCUCGGACUGGUUCAAGAUUUGUUCCUGGAGCUGGCCACCGACGCGGACCAGCUGGACUUCCCGCCCGGCACGGAUAUGCAGCCGCUGUUUGACGCCAUGCUGGAUUCGGUUACGCCUCCGACCGGGGACCCCGACGCUCCGGUGCAGAUGCUGGUAGCCGCGUUGGACUACGAUAACUACCUGGGUCAGGUGGCCGUGGGCCGCGUCACCAACGGCACGCUGCGACUGAGAGAGAACGUGACGCUGGUGACCCGGGACGGGGAAGAAACGACGCAUAGCCUGGAGCGAAUCUUCGUGUUCCACGGCAUGGAGCGUGUCGAGGUUUCAGAAGCCCACGCCGGGGACAUCGUGGCGGUGACCGGUCCCGAGGGCGUCGCCAUCGGAGACACCCUCGCCAGCGCGGAAGACCCCCAAGCCCUGCCCACCAUAGACAUCCAGGAGCCCACGGUCCGCAUGACCUUCGGCGUCAGCACUUCCCCGUUCGUGGGUCGUGAGGGCGGGCGCUGCACCUCGCGAAACCUCUACGAACGGCUAAUUCGCGAGCUGCGCACCAACGUGAGCCUGCGGGUGGAGACCACCACCAGCCCGGAUAUUUUCGUGGUGGCGGGCCGAGGCGAGCUGCACCUGUCGAUCCUGGUCGAGACCAUGCGCCGCGAACAGUUUGAGUUUCAGGUUUCCCGGCCGGUGCCGGUGACCAAAACUGUUGACGGCAAGACGCACGAGCCCUACGAGAUCCUGACCAUCAACACGCGUGAAGAGUACGUCGGGGUGCUUACCGAAUAUCUUGCCGCCCACCUGGGCCAACUACUCGACAUGCGCUACGGCGAAAACGGCUACGUGCACCUGGAGUACAAGAUACCGACCCGCGGCCUGAUCGGUUUCAACGCGUUUUUCCUCCGCACCGCCAGGGGCGACGGCGUGAAGAACAGCAGCUUCACAUCCUACGAGUUGAUGGAUGGAGAUAUCAAAAAUCUGCGCGGCGGCGCGCUGGUGGCCUCGGAGGGCGGCGCGGCCGUCACCUAUGGCCUGAUCAACGCCCAGCGUCGAGGCGACACCUUCAUCGAUCCCGGCACCCCGGUGUAUGAGGGUAUGGUGGUGGGCAGUCGCCGCCAGGAUGGCGACAUCGAGAUCAACGUCUGCAAGGAAAAGAAGCUGACCAACAUGCGCUCGUCAACGGCCGACGUCGCCCAGCGAUUGAACGCCACGAUACGCAUGAGCCUGGAAGAAGCCCUGGAGUUCAUUUCCGACGACGAGCUGGUGGAGGUCACGCCUCAGAACCUCCGGCUGCGAAAGAUGGAACUAUCCAGCCACGACCGUAAGCGCCAACGGCGCGAUGGAGCGCGGGCCCGCGGCUGA